CACAGGAAAUCCAGCCAGAUACCGGAAGUAAGCGAUGUAAAACCGAGUUGUUGACUAAUAGUUCGGUGUAUAACUUUUUACAACAACAAAAGUAUACUUUCGAGUCGAAGUUUUGAAAAUGGGCACCACGGCAAGUCAACUUGGGAAGGACUUGCUCUCGGAAUAUCAAGAACUGACAUUCUUGACAAAACAAGAAAUUCUUCUCGCUCACAAGAGAUUCACUGAACUGCUCACAAAAGAUGAGAAAGACCUCCCAAACACCAGAGUGCCCAUGGAGAGGAUUCUCACUCUGCCAGAGCUCAAGUCCAACCCUUUCAGGAAAAGAAUCUGCCAUGUAUUCUCCACAUCUGAACACAAAGAUGGAAGCCUCACAUUCGAGGACUUUCUGGAUCUCUUGAGUGCCUUCAGCGACUCUGCUACUCUGGAAAUCAAAUCCCACUAUGCAUUCCGUAUUUUUGACUUUGACGAUGACGGAACUCUUGAUAGUGGUGAUCUGGAGAAGCUGGUAAACUGCCUGACCGGUGAGACAGAUGACACAAGACUAAACCCUGAUGAAAUGAGACAGCUCAUCAGCAAUAUUCUUGAAGAGUCAGACAUCGACAAGGAUGGAACCGUGAACCUCUCGGAGUUUCAGCACGUCAUUUCAAGGUCGCCGGAUUUUGUCAGUUCUUUCAAGAUUGUGCUGUGAAGACAUCUAACGGACUGUGGAAAUGCACCAACCUAUAACUCUCACAUGGUGUUUAAUUUUCAGUUGGAACUAUUUUAGACAUUUGCCUUAAAUUAAUAUAAGCUGUGGAUUUUACUGCCUUAACUAUUUUAUGCAACGUUUGUGAAAUAUAAAACCUGUGAUUUUUUAUUACUAUACAGAAAAUUAAAAUUAUUUCCAAAAACUA